ACUCGUAGUUAAGACGAUAAUAUGAUUAUUUCCCUGAGCCUGUGACAGAGAGUUAACGCGGAAUUUAGGCUUCGGAGAAAGUCAAGGUGUCAUGGGGUCAUGGAUGCUGGUGUGGAUUCUGUGCGCCACAGUCACUCUGAUGCCUGUGUGUCUUCACGGAGCAAUAUCGGUCCACUUCAAGACCGGACGGCCUCUCUAUGUGGCUCUCGGCGAAACUCUUGUUUUGGAAGCCGUAUUCAAGAAGGACUCAGGUGACAAAAUAGACAUGGUGUCGUGGGACCGCGAGGGAGCAAAGGACAAUGUCAGACUGUCACAUGGAAACAGAAUAUCUUUGGAGAAUGGAGAUACACUUCUGCGGGUCACUGAUGUUGCAGAAGAGGACAUUGCGACCUACAAAGUCACCGUUACAGACAGUAACGGAUACCAGCAACAAGACUCCAUAGAUGUUAAAAACAUAGUUUCAGGGGAACCUCCAAAGGCGUCAAUUACACGUGUGCUGGAGUGUGUCGUGGAUAAUCAUGGCUUGGCCCAGUGGGACAGCCCUCAGUUUUCAUGGCUGGUUGAUGGUGUUAAAGUAACCAAUCAAUCCGCACUGUUAACAAACGGCAGUAGACUAGAUAUCUCUGGGGUUAAGGGUGUUAACUACACCUGCAUCAUCAAGAGCAGCCUGGGGACGCUCACAACGCAUUUUGAAAUGCCAACAGAAUCUGAGCGCUGUUGUGCUGGACUGAUUGCAGUUGGAGUGAUAACAGGAAUAGCACUUGUGGCCGGAUCAAUUUUCCUGAUGAAGUACAAAAAAACCUCUAAACAUGAAGCUGUCUCUACUAAGUCAACAUAGAAGAUUGUAUUAUAUUUAUUUACAUGUUAAUGUACCUGUAAACAUUUUAAAUAGAUCAUUUUGUUUUGUUCUAUUGGAUAAAGUUAUUGCUAUAUGUCUUGUUCAUUGAUUCGUUCUGUCCAUUUGACCAAACUAUAAAAAUGUAAGCUGUUAAAAUGGAUCUUUAAGAUAUAAGCUGCAAAAAAUGGAUAUCAUUGCUAUUUAUUUUCUCUCUACCUCAUUUGUUCUAUUUAGUUUGCUGUUUGAGUUUCUGCAGUUUUUUUGCAUUUGCAUUCAAGUUUGUUCAGAGAAUUAAAGUGUCCAAACUGAUCUUGAGCGUGGAGCAUGAUUUAGAGAAGAUCUGUUUGUUUGUUUGUUUGUUUGUUUGUUGUGCUCGGCGUUCAGACCAGUCCUGUAGAGACACAAACAACAUCGCUCUAGUGUUUUUCAGGAUAAAUGCAUCUCUUUCAGGAACUUAUGAGUGGUGAGUUAUGAAAAGCAUUCAGGGAUCUCACUCAUAAAGUUACUGUGUCUGAACUUUGGUCACGUUUAAUGCAUGAGCACGACUACAGCGAUUCAUUAGAGGACUGUCCUGCUUCUGUACAUCUGCUGUGAGUUCUUGAUAUGUUUAUGUAGAUUGUUUUUCAUGGCUCUCUGGAAUUCUUUAUUCUGAUUGGCCAGCUGCAGAUUGUGUUUUUAGUUUUAUUUCUUAUUUUAAUAAAUGCUGCUCUGUUUAA